UAAUAAUCUUAAAAUCCCAUUUUAGAGGAUGAACCGUUUUUCUAAUAAAGGUCAAUUAAUACAAUUAAUCUUAACAGGUUGUUGUCUUUAUAAAUCUGAUUAUUUUUGCUAUUUAAAGGAAGAGCCGAGGCUGGAUGUGCUCAUCAAUAAUGCGGGGAUAUUCCAGUGUCCAUACAUGAAGACAGAGGAUGGUUUCGAGAUGCAGUUUGGUGUCAACCACUUGGGUCACUUCUUGCUCACUAACCUCCUCCUUGGUCUUCUCAAAAGUUCUGCCCCAAGCAGGAUUGUGGUAGUUUCUUCCAAACUUUACAAAUAUGGAGAGAUCAACUUUGAAGACUUGAACAGUGAAAUAAGUUACAAUAAAAGUUUUGGCUACAGUCGGAGUAAACUGGCAAACAUACUAUUUACAAGGGAGCUAGCUCGCCGAUUGGAAGGCACAGGUGUCACUGUGAAUGUGCUUCAUCCUGGUAUUGUCCGAACCAAUCUAGGCAGAUAUAUAAAUAUUCCUUUGCUGGCAAAACCCCUCUUUAAUUUGGUGUCAUGGGCUUUCUUCAAAACCCCAUUGGAAGGAGCCCAGACUUCUAUUUAUUUGGCCUCUUCUGCAGAAGUAGAGGGUGUAUCAGGCAAGUAUUUUGGGGAUUGCAAAGAGGAGGAAUUGCUGCCUAAAGCCAUGGAUGAGUCUGUUGCAAGAAAACUGUGGGAUAUCAGUGAAGUGAUGGUUGGAUUAUUAAAAUAAAUGCUUGGGGGGUGGGGAAAGGCUUACUGAAAAGAAUGAAUAUAACUAAUACUUUGCCAUCAUGACAUUUUCUGCAGUGGUAUCUCCCCUUUCAGUGGUGUGAAACACAAAUUUACUUUGUUCAUAGAUUUGAAAAGUUGCUCGAGUAAUUUGUACAGCUCUCUUAAACCUAUAUUGGAAAAAAUACAGAGGCAGACUGUUGGUUUAUUUUUUUUAUCAUUAAAUUGCUUUGGAAAGCUACUUGUUCUACAAAUAAGUUCUUUGCUAUGGAAUGUAUAUGCUUGUCUUCCACUGUGAUGUCAAACAUAAAAUUGAACUGUAUUGUACAUGAAAUACAUGGCUGUUUGCUGUUUUUCUUGUAGGUUUCGUAAAUCUUUCCAAAAGGGUUAGUGAACAAUUCAUGCAAUUUUAGCAUGGAUAAUUCCACCAGGGACUUGAGCUCUUUUCCACUGUAAUCUUCUAAGCUUCUCACAAAUGUUUCAUAGAACAAAGACUUUCCACAACUACAUGAUAUUGGCUACCUUGAACAGGAACUAUAUCAAGCCAUAUUACAACUCAUAAGUCAGAUAUUUUUCACGGUGAUCUGUCUUCCAUUUAUUUGAUAUAUCAACUUGUCAAGCAGGUUCUCUUUCAUUUGAGCCAAACCUGUUCUUUUGCAGAUAUAGAUCAGGUCCAUAAGCCUCAAUGCAUUAGGCUCAAUGUAAUAUGGCCAACAGGUCUUCCUGGUAGCUUCUGUGUAAAUGCUCAUUUUCUUAGCCCUACUAGUGUAUAAACUGUAAAAAUGUGAUCAAUAAACUUUUACACAAAGUUGACAAAAAUAGCAUUGGCAGCUAUCCUACAGAGGUUUGGAGAGUCUACUAUAAAGAGAUGAUAGAAUUAAAGUAAGCCAGAAAUAAAUCUAGGAAAAUUACAUGAAAAUGACUCCUUCAUUGUUUAUAAUAAAUUCAGUAACUGUUUCUUGUUAAUUAUGAUUUGUUAGUUUUUUAAGUAAUUAUAUUUAACACUACCUUUAUAUUUCUUUAAAAAAUAAUUUUACCAUUAAUUGGAAGUACUCUGGGGUCUUGAUUACUACAGGGUGGACCUCUCUGGUUCACCACCCUUGGGACCUGACAAUCCUGCAUGAGGGAUUUUGCCAGACCAGGGGAGGUCAUAUAUGGUCCAUCUGACACCUCUCCCUAUGACACAAAAAUGCUUUUUUAUAAAUAAUACUGAGAACCAUCCCCUAGAGAGGAUGGAUAUGAUUAGAGAAUAAACAAGUAUUCAACCUGUGAAGUACUGUUUUACAUUUAUCCUGAGUCUUUCAUGUAAAACAAUCCCCAAAUGACUAUAUGAAAUACCAUUGAAAUGCAAGCCGGGUUGGAGUGAAAAGCAUCAGCCAGCUACCAGGCAGCAUAGUGCUCGGGCAAGGGGAAGUUUUGACCAACUGCAUAGGGCACAAUCUUUUAAAAAAAACAAGAUAGAUUCUCUCAAAUUGUUACAGGCCAGAAGAUACUUUAGAACUAAAGGUAAAGUAAAUAGGACUCAAAUUUAUUAUCUGAGAUCUGCUUUUCCAUUGCAACUCCCAUCCACAACUGUGUGCAUGUUAUAAGAAAGUCAUGGAUGUGUAUUGGGGCAUAGCUUGCAAAGAAAAGUGCCAUGUUCAAAUAAUUGAUCAUCUUUCUAUACAUACCUGCAGUUCAUGUGAGAAUAAUUUGGGCGGUGAAGUUGCAUAAAGAGCAGAAUCUGUAUAGUGUUCCAGGUGAAAUUACUAGCAUAUGCCAGAGCAACCUCAGGAAAAGCAAAGGUAAAGCUGAGUGAAGGUAAGAUGCUGUAAUUAUCAAACACUGACCAUAGGGUGUGAUAAUUUGACUUAUUGCAGAAAGGAGAUCUUUUUGUCUGCUCAGAACUGGAAGCAAGUGAGAAUACUCUGGAUAUAUUUGCUGUGUGGCUCAGAUGAGACCGUGUUUAUCAUGUGUAUGUAAAAUACCUGAAAAAGAAAAGUCCUGUCAAAGGUGAAUUGGUGUGCCUUGGAAACAAUAGUGCAAGCUUCCUUCAUCUGCACUAGAGCUGACUUUAAUCUGCUGCCUAUGAGGUUGACGGUUUAGUUCAGGCUGUGUGAUACUGAGUUGUGGUUUCUCUUUGGAGACUACUGAGAGAGAGUGUUGGUUUUGAUGUGAGCAACUGGACAGAUGUCAGCCAAAGCCUUUGUCCUUCAGAAAAUGAAUUAUCCUCAGCCCUGGAUCAGGACCCUAGAAGCUAUAUGAAAGUACUUCAAAAAGUAGUUUUUCCUGCCUGAAUUUGGGUUUGAAUCAGCAAUCUGGAGGUGAAAGGUUCCACACAUCCCAUUCCAAAUUCCCUGAGCUUUCAAUGGAAAGCUUCAGAGAAGUGGCCAAGUUAGUCUGUAACUGGAAAAGUUUAAAAAACAACUAAUAAUCUUGCAGCAUGUUAAAGACUAACAAAAUAUGUAGAUGGUAUCAUGAGCUUUUGUAGGCACAACCCACUUCUUCAGAUAGUUGUUUGGGGCAACUUGGUACAAGUGACUAAAGUUCCAACAUGCCCUCACCUGAAUUAAGAAUGAGGGCAGCAUAACUAAGCUGAGGACUAACAGAGGUGCGCAGAACCAAAGAACAGUGUGUUGAGUCCAGGACUGCAAAGUUAGAGGUAGAAAAGUUUUCCAGGAAAUGCAGAUAUCUCAUUACUACAAUACAUAUAAUAGCUUUCAGCUGAGUUUGGGGUCAUAUUGUGAUAGGUGCCAAGCAUCUACAUAGAAAAUCUCAAGGUUACAAUCAAAUGCCUUCUGCUAAGUGGCUUACAAUCAGAAUAGACAAGGCAGGCAAAGAUUGGGCUAAAAAAAAAAAACCAUUUUCAAGAGGAGAGAACAG